CUCCUAUUCAUUGCCUUCCCUUCCCUACCUCCUCCUGGCCUCUCCAUAAGCAACCAAGCUGUCUCUUGUUGGAUAUGUAGUUGGCUUGUUGGAAGCACUGCAACACUACUCCCCUCUCUCUCUCUCUCCCUCCUCCUCCAUUCUCUCACUAAAACCUCCUCACUCACACACUCUCACUAACCCUAAAACCCCCCUUCCCCACCAUAUCUGAUCUCCAAAACCUAAUCCUCCCACCCUCCAUUACAGCACAGUUAAAGCUUUCUUAACCCCAAAAGCAAAAAACCACCACCUCAGCUUCUCCUCCCUGCUGCUGCAGCUGCUUAACUCCACCUAAGCCCUUUGCUUUGCUGCUCUGAUUAUUGCCAUGAAACUCAGCAGCUGAGGCUGAGCUGAAUUAGGGUUGUUGUUGAGCUUUUCGAGGAAGGAGAUCAGACCAGACCCAAGUAGUCCACCAUGUGUCUUAUCUCUGUGCCCUUUUACUGUACAUGAAGAAGUAAAAAAAACAUUAUUACUAUUAUUGAAAAGAACAUAGAGAGAGAAAGAGAGAGCGUAGAGAGAGAGAGAGAGAGUGUAGAGACAUCCGUUGAAUUUGAGGGUGCAGAGAAGAGAGAAGGCUCGAUUGAUAUUAUUUGUUAUUAAUAUUAAUAUUAAUCCCAUGAAAGAUGGAAGCUUCCGGGGGAGGAGGCCGAGGGGGAGAUCAUAGAUCGAGGACGGAAGCCCUAGGGUUACACAACGGUGCCGGUGCAGCCCUAUUCGGCCACCCCCACCACCACCAAACCCUAGCUGACCCCACCACCGACGCCGUCGACCGCCCCAACCCCAACAACAAUAACACUGCCACCAACUCCUCCUCCUCCAACCCCGAUCCCGUCUCCUUCGCCUUCGCAGCAGCCUCCUCCCCGGGCCCCCCCUCCAUGACGUCUCCCCCCUCCUCCGCGGCCCCCAAGUCGGGCAAGCACCAGCCCACUUCCUCAUCCGUCAGGUAUCGCGAGUGCCGCCGCAACCAUGCUGCCAGCGUCGGCGGAAGCAUCCUCGACGGCUGCGGCGAGUUCAUGCCCGCUGGCGAGGAGGGCACCAUCGAGGCCCUCCGCUGCGCCGCCUGCGACUGCCACCGGAACUUCCACCGCAGGGAGACCGACGCUGACCCCUCCCCCCUCGCUUCCGCCGGCCCUGGCGCCUACCGGAGGGGUGCCGGCAUGUCACUCGCCACGCUCCAGCUCUCCGCCCCACCACCUCCACCCGUGAUCCACCACCACCAUGGCCAUGGCGGGACCACGCGGCCCCCGCCCCCGUACGCCUCCCUCAGCAUUGUGCCGCCCAUGAGCGUGGCCUUUGGGGGUGGUGGCGGGACCGAGUCGUCGAGUGAGGACCUCAACCUGUUCGGAGCAACCACCCCGACCGGCCAUGGCCACGGCCACCACCACAAUCUCUCCAGUGGGGGGGGUUACUUCGGGUCGUCGUCCAGCAAGUCGUCGAAGAGGUUCAGGACGAAGUUCAGCCAGGAGCAGAAGGAGCGGAUGCAGGAGUUUGCGGAGAAAAUCGGGUGGAGGAUACAGAGGCCGUGCGAGGACGAGGUCGAGCGGUUCUGCGCCGAGGUCGGGGUGAAGCGGCAGGUCUUCAAGGUGUGGAUGCACAAUAACAAGAACGCCACCAAGUCCGCAAACAAGCAGCAGCAGACUCCAACCGCCGACCACGAAGUCGACCACGACCGUCAAGAAGACUGAACUGAACAACCCCCAGUGUAAACUCGAGUGACGUUUCGAUUAAUGUAAUUGUUUUUGUUUCAUUUGGUUCGUUUUAGCCUUCGGUUUGAUUAGUCUUAGCUGUAGUCUUUAGCUGUAGUUUCCUUCUCCAUCUGAUUUACGGCAAUCGACGAUGGUGGUGACCGAUGUUUGAGCAUUGUUGUUGUUGAGGAUCGAUUUAAUGGGGUAUUGUGGUUGAUUAUAUGUUUCGCAGAAGAUCAAUUAAUCAUUGUCGGCUCGAUUUA